CUGGUAUAAGAGCAUCUCUGUCACACAUUCUGAGACCACUGCUCACUGUCAGCAAUGGAAAGGUCCUCCGUCCUCCUUGUGUGCGUCCUGGUGGCAUGUUCAGUUUGGACAGUCCAUGGAAGAUCCUUCACGGUCAACAUUGAUGAUGAGGACCAGGUGGAUGUGAAUGUGGAUGUUGAUGUGGAAGUCUCUGCGCAGCUUCCAGGUGUAUGCUGGGCGUGCAAGUGGGCUCUAAACAAGGUCAAGAAGACUGCUGGUAAUAACGCCACUGUGGAGAAAUUUAAAUCAAAGUUGCUGUCAGUCUGCAAUCAAAUUGGCCUCUUAAAAAGUUUGUGCAAGAAAUUUGUGAAGCAACACCUCGGAGAAUUAAUUGAGGAGCUCACCACCACUGAUGAUGUGAGGACCAUCUGUGUCAACACCAAAGCCUGCAAAUGUGUUAUCUUUAGGCCAAAGGAGUUGUUGGACCUGACCCCUCAACAGGAUGACGAAGAUCAAAAACUUGAAAUUGAUGUGUAUCUUCCACAUCCUAUGCAUGGAUGAUAGUUUGAGAGUAAUGCUUACAAUAUUUCUGGCUAAAAUCAAACCAGAGAUGUUGCAAAAAACUCAAGUGUCUGUUGUAGUAAACCACUGAGAGUGCAUAAAAGCAAACCAUGAAGGAUUUCUAAAGAUCUUUCAAGUUUUCUCCUUUUCACUGCAUUAACUUUCUUUUGCAUUCUUGGCUUUUACCCUUUAUUACUUUGCAAUGCCUGUCAUGUUUAUUCCCAUUUCUGUAUCAGUUCAUAUUUUAUAUCAAUAAAUGUUUGCAUU